GGUGCCUAGGCGGAACGACCAGGAGAGCUUCUAUAGUAGAGAUCAGUCUGGUCUUUCAAGUGUGACUGUUGCGGAGGAUGAGGGAGGCGAGUCCAAUUCGUCAUCUACUGCAUCAGGCAGCAUUUCUUCUUGUAGUACCGGCGCUACGACCAUGGCAAUAGGUCGUGGAAGUGAAAAUGCU